CCAUUUCAGAGAAUCAUCAAGAAGAAAAACCAAAAUGGAUGACCGGAAAGAGCUCCAAGAUCAUCUUGCUCAACCCCUUUUGAUCAGCAACAACAAUGAGGAAAUAAUUUCCAAGAAUAUUCCGAGGCGUUUCGAUUUCGAUUUUUGGGAAGCCAAAGAAGAGGUGAAGAGACUAGGAGGAUUGGCAGUGCCACUUGUUGUGGUGAGCUUUCUUCAGUACAGUAUGCAGAUGAUAUCAUUGAUGUUUGUUGGGCAUCUUGGUGAGCUCUCACUUUCCAGUGCUUCCAUGGCCACUUCUUUUGCUGGAGUUACAGGAUUUAACCUCAUGCUAGGAAUGGGAGGGGCACUAGAAACAUUAUGCGGGCAAGCAUAUGGAGCAAAACAAUACUACAUUCUUGGCAUACAUUUGCAAAGAGCUGUACUUGUUCUCUUCCUCACUAGCAUCCCCAUUGCAAUUAUUUGGAUGAACACAACAGAUAUUUUCCUUCUUUUCGGCCAAGAUCAACACAUUUCCUUGCACGCCGGGACAUAUGCUCGUUGGCUAAUCCCUAGCCUCUUUCCUUACGCGGCCCUCCAAUGUCAAUUCCGGUUCUUACAGACACAAAAGCUCGUGACGCCGUUGAUUGUGAGCACCGGUUUCACAAGCAUAAUUCAUGUCGUUUCUUGUUGGUUGUUGGUUUUCCGGCUUGAAUUUGGGAACAAAGGUGCCGCGCUCUCCAAUGCUAUCUCGUAUUGGAUCAAUGUUGUGAUUUUGGGGGCUUAUAUAAAAUUCUCACCAUUGUGCCAAAAGACUUGGACUGGAAUUUCUAAGGAAGGGUUUAAAGAUAUUCCUGCAUUUGUAUCAUUGGCCAUUCCUUCAGCCCUUAUGACUUGCUUGGAAAUGUGGGCAUACGAGAUAUUGGUUCUCAUGUCAGGCUUUCUUCCUAAUCCCAAGCUUGAGACAUCAAUGAUGUCCAUAAGCCUCAAUACAAGUUCAGUGGUCUUCAGAAUUCCUUAUGGUUUUGGUAGUGCAGUAAGCACAAGGGUGUCGAAUGAAUUAGGUGCCGGAAACCCGAAGGCUGCGAAAAUCACGGCCCAAGUCGUGCUGUUUCUUGUUGUUGUUGAAGGGCUUUUGAUUGCUUUGGUUUCAAUGGCAGUCAGGGGUUCAUGGGGAUAUUUAUACUCAAAUGAACAAGAAGUAGUCAGAUACAUGUCUGCCGUAAUGCCUGUUCUCACUUUAUCAAAUUUCAUGGAUGGAAUUCAGGCAGCAAUGUCAGGUGUUGCAAGGGGAUGUGGAUGGCAGAAGAUUGGAGCUCUGGUAAACCUGGGAUCUUAUUAUCUUGUUGGUCUUCCUACAGCAAUUGUCUUGACAUUUGUCUAUCACUAUGGUGGAAAGGGCCUUUGGAUGGGAAUCAUAAGUGGGAGUGGACUGCAGGCAAUUUUGCUUCUUACUAUAGCAUUUCGUACAAACUGGAAGCAACAAAUUAUUGAUGCAAAGCGCAGACUAUACCAUUCCAGUAUUCCGGUAACGCAGAUUUCAUAAAGGAUAUACAAUUUUUUUUAAGGGUGCACAGCAUAUAUUUGCACAUUUUGAUAAAAGAAAUAAAGCAAGAGUUUAUUUAAGAUUUUCUUAUGCAUAUUGAGGAUCUAUCUUAGGCUUGUUUCAUAGUGUUUAACGGAGUUGUGUACCCAUAGGGACAUAUAUAGUAUAUAAUUAUGGUGGUUUUUUUCAUCCUUCUUUUUUCAUUCUUGAAACAGUUACUUAUUUGGUGAUAAUAACCUAUGUAAACAGUGUGCAUAUUUGGUGAUGAUUAAAUAUUUGUAAAAUACAAAGAAAUGUAAGAUAGAG